UAUCACUGCAGAAAGGUACAAGCGGCCGCUCUCCACAGGGCUAUUGAACAACUCCCGUUUCGUACGAUUUUGUGCCUGGAAUCGAUGACAGAAAGUAUCUGUGAAUGAGGCACGCCACGUGUAUUUGCCUGUUUUUUGGACAGCAUUUGGUGGAAUCGAUUCUAUUGGAAGAUUUAACCCUGUGUGAGCAGCAGUUCUGGAAUAUAUAUUUUUUGUUGUUCCGCUGAGAGCUUGAAUCUUUGCUUCUAUUCCUUUUACGGCAUCAGUGGCAGCGCGCGGAGCUUGGUGUCAUUGGUCCGGCUUUUUGAUGUACCUUAUUUAAAACAUUUGCAGGCAAAUUGAUAGGAUUUUGAUUAAUAGGUAGGCUAGCAGCAAAUGGUGCUAGUGCCAUGUUUCUUAGGUAGGGCCCGGAUGUUCCGAGGAUGCACUGGUUCGUCUUCUUAGGUGGUUCAAGCGAAUAUCUAUUUAUGUGUUUCACCUCCAGAAUGGGGAUCAGGUAAUAUUUACUGAAACGCAACAAUAACCGGAAUAUCGAAAGCUGUCCGGCCGUUAUUCUUUUUUUUUAUUUCCUCUUUGGUUUCUUUUUUUCUCUACUCCUCCUUUUUACAACCUUUUUCUCCAUUCAUCUACGGAUAAAGCUGGACCACAUUUAUGGUAAAUGAAAGCAAAAACAUGUACAUACCAGAGGACACCCUUGAGAACCAUCAAGGCUCCGACUACUCCCCCCCACCGCUGCCGCUGCCGGUGGUGGCGCCCAGUCUGAAUGACACCAGCGCUGCAGAUGGAGGAGGCGGCGUGGGUGGAAGUGGAGGUGGGCGCGGGCCCCUGGAAGCCGUGGUCGGAGGGGCGGUGGUGGGGCUAGCAGCAGAGCACAUCCCCAGCGGCCCGGGGGCGGCCCUCACCUGGCAGGCGGCCAUCGAGGCGGCGCGGCAGGCCAAGCAGAUGGGUAACGCGGGCGCGCCCAUCUCCACAGCCAGCUCCACACAGAGGAAGAGGCAGCACUACACCAACAAGCCCAAGAAACCCACCAACACGGCCCCAACCAGACCUCCCAGAGCCCUGCUCUGUCUCACCCUCAAGAACCCCAUCCGUAGAGCAUGCAUCAGCAUAGUGGAGUGGAAACCGUUUGAAAUCAUCAUUUUGAUGACUAUAUUUGCGAACUGCGUGGCCUUAGCUGUCUACAUCCCCUUCCCAGAGGACGACUCCAACGCCACCAACUCAAACCUGGAGCGGGUAGAGUAUCUCUUCCUCAUCGUCUUCACAGUAGAAGCCUUUCUGAAGGUAAUAGCCUACGGACUGCUCUUCCACCCAAACGCAUACCUGAGGAAUGGAUGGAACUUAUUGGAUUUCAUCAUCGUUGUCGUGGGGCUCUUCAGUGCUAUAUUAGAGCAGGCCACCAAAGUGGAUGGAGGGACGCCCAUAGGAGGGAAGGCAGCGGGCUUUGAUGUGAAGGCACUCCGGGCGUUCAGGGUGCUCAGGCCACUCAGACUGGUGUCUGGGGUGCCCAGCCUUCAGGUGGUGCUGAACUCCAUCAUCAAGGCCAUGGUUCCUCUCCUCCAUAUCGCCCUGCUGGUCCUGUUUGUCAUCAUCAUCUACGCCAUCAUCGGCCUGGAGCUGUUCAUGGGCAAGAUGCACCGCACCUGUUUCUACCACAGAGAGGGACAUCCCUUCUACAGAGGUCCCAUAGUGGAGGAGAAGCCGGCCCCCUGCGCUCCUAACGGGGCUCACGGCCGCCACUGCUCCCAGAACGCCACGCAAUGCAUGAUGGGCUGGGAGGGGCCUAACGAUGGCAUCACUAACUUCGACAACUUUGCCUUCGCCAUGUUGACGGUGUUCCAGUGCAUCACCAUGGAGGGCUGGACAGACGUCCUCUACUGGAUGCAAGACGCUAUGGGCUAUGAACUUCCCUGGGCCUAUUUUGUCAGUCUCGUCAUCUUUGGAUCAUUUUUCGUUCUAAAUCUGGUUCUGGGGGUGUUGAGCGGAGAGUUUUCCAAGGAGAGAGAGAAGGCCAAGGCCAGAGGAGACUUCCAGAAGCUGAGAGAGAAGCAACAGCUGGAGGAGGACCUGAAGGGUUAUCUGGACUGGAUCACACAGGCUGAAGACAUUGACCCAGAGAACGAGGAGGAGGGGCUCGACGAGGAGAAGCCCAGAAACCUGAGCAUGCCGGCCAGUGAGAAUGAGUCAGUGAAUACUGACGCCACUCCAGCAGGAGAUAUGGAGGGAGAGACCUGCUGUACCCGGCUAGCAAAUAGAAUCUCCAAAUCCAAGUUCAGUCGGUACUCACGGCGGUGGAACCGUCUGUGUCGUCGUAAGUGUCGAGCGGGGGUCAAAUCCAGUGUGUUCUAUUGGCUGGUGAUCUUCCUGGUCUUCCUCAACACUCUAACCAUCGCUUCCGAACACCAUAAACAGGCUGACUGGCUCACAGAUGCCCAAGACAUAGCCAACAAGGUCCUGCUGGCAUUGUUUACAGGGGAGAUGCUGUUAAAGAUGUACAGCCUGGGUCUACAGGCCUACUUCGUGUCUCUGUUCAACCGCUUUGACAGCUUCGUGGUGUGUGGAGGCAUCCUGGAGACCAUUCUGGUGGAGACCAAGAUCAUGUCCCCGCUAGGCAUCUCUGUGCUGCGCUGCGUGCGCCUUCUACGCAUCUUCAAAAUCACAAGGUAUUGGAACUCUCUGAGUAACCUGGUGGCAUCGCUGCUUAACUCUGUUCGCUCCAUCGCCUCCCUGUUACUGCUACUCUUCCUCUUCAUCAUCAUCUUCAGCCUGCUCGGCAUGCAGCUCUUCGGAGGCAAGUUCAACUUUGACGAGACGCGCCGGUCAACCUUCGACAACUUUCCCCAGUCGCUGCUCACCGUCUUUCAGAUCCUGACAGGUGAGGACUGGAACUCAGUGAUGUAUGACGGCAUCAUGGCCUACGGAGGGGCGUCCUUCCCAGGGAUGCUAGUCUGCAUCUACUUCAUCAUCCUGUUCAUCUGUGGAAACUAUAUCCUGCUGAAUGUCUUCUUGGCCAUCGCCGUGGACAACCUGGCUGAUGCUGAGAGUCUGACGUCAGCACAGAAGGAGGAGGAGGAGGAGAAGGAGAGGAAGAAGCUGGCCAGAACGGCCAGUCCGGAGAAGCGUCAUGUCAAUGAAAAGCCCCCGAUGAUCGAGGCAGAAGAGAAGAAGGAGGAGAAGAUUGAGCUGAAGUCCAUCACCUCAGACAGAGAGACAACCAAUGCCACCAAGAUCAACAUUGAUGAGUACCAAGUAGAUGUGAAUGAAGAGAAGAACCCGUAUCCAGCUAAUGAUUUUCAAGGAGAGGAUGAGGAGCCUGAGAUGCCGGUGGGCCCCCGGCCUCGGCCCCUGUCUGACAUUCAGCUGAAGGAGAAGGCUGUUCCCAUGCCUGAGGCCCGGGCUUUCUUCAUCUUCAGCAACACCAACAAGUUCAGGGUUCUGUGCCAUAAGAUGGUAAACCACAACAUCUUCACCAACCUCAUCCUGUUCUUCAUUCUACUGAGCAGUAUCUCUCUGGCAGCAGAGGACCCUGUCCGGAACGACUCCUUCAGGAACCAGAUAUUAGGCUAUGCAGACCAUGUCUUCACUGGGCUCUUCACCAUAGAGAUCAUUCUGAAGAUGACAGCGUAUGGGGCGUUCAUCCAUAAGGGUUCGUUCUGUCGGAACUACUUCAACAUUCUGGAUCUGGUGGUGGUCAGUGUGUCGCUCAUCUCCUCUGGAAUACAGUCCAGUGCCAUCAACGUGGUGAAGAUCCUUCGUGUUCUCAGAGUGCUUCGGCCCCUGAGGGCUAUCAACAGGGCCAAGGGCCUCAAACAUGUGGUCCAGUGUGUGUUCGUGGCCAUCCGAACCAUUGGAAACAUCGUGAUCGUCACCUCUCUGCUGCAGUUCAUGUUCGCCUGCAUCGGAGUACAACUCUUCAAGGGGAAGUUUUUCUACUGCUCAGACAGCUCCAAGUCUACAGAGCCUGAAUGCAGGGGUUCAUACAUCAUGUAUAAGGACGGUGACGUGGGGAAGCCAGAGAGGUCCAUGCGUGUCUGGGAGAACAGUGACUUUAACUUUGACGACGUGCUCCAGGGGAUGAUGGCUCUGUUCGCUGUCUCCACCUUUGAAGGAUGGCCAGCACUCCUGUACCGGGCCAUAGACUCCCAUUCAGAGGACCUGGGCCCUGUCUACAACUACAGAGUGGUCGUGUCCAUCUUCUUCAUCAUCUACAUCAUCAUCAUCGCCUUCUUCAUGAUGAACAUCUUCGUCGGUUUCGUCAUUGUCACCUUCCAGGAGCAGGGAGAGCAGGAGUACAAGAACUGUGAGCUGGACAAGAACCAGCGUCAGUGUGUGGAAUAUGCCCUGAAGGCCCGUCCUCUACGUCGGUACAUCCCUAAGAACCAGUACCAGUACAAGGUGUGGUACGUGGUUAACUCCACCUACUUUGAGUACCUGAUGUUUACUCUCAUCCUGCUGAACACCAUCUGUCUGGCCAUGCAGCAUCACGGCCAGACCCACUCCUUCAACGAUGCUAUGAACAUCCUCAACAUGCUCUUCACCGGCCUCUUCACUGUGGAGAUGAUCCUUAAACUCAUCGCCUUCAAACCACGGCAUUAUUUUGUUGAUGCAUGGAACACAUUUGAUGCCUUAAUAGUUGUGGGUAGCGUUGUUGACAUAGCGAUCACUGAGGUUAACGGACUACAAAACUCUGAAGAUAACGCCAGGAUCUCCAUCACCUUCUUCCGGCUCUUCAGAGUGAUGAGGCUGGUCAAACUGCUGUCUCGGGGAGAAGGGAUACGGACCCUGCUGUGGACCUUCAUCAAGUCCUUUCAAGCCCUCCCCUACGUAGCAUUGCUCAUAGUGAUGCUCUUUUUCAUCUACGCCGUCAUUGGGAUGCAGAUGUUUGGUAAGAUAGCCCUGAGAGACAACAGUCAGAUCAACAGGAACAACAACUUCCAGACCUUCCCCCAGGCUACACUCCUGCUCUUCAGGUGUGCCACAGGCGAGGCGUGGCAGGAGAUCAUGCUGGCAUGCGCCCCCAUGCGACCCUGUGAGAAGGGGUCAGAGGUGGGGCCAGCCAGCGAGGACCAGUGUGGGAGUCACUUCGCUAUCUUCUACUUUGUCAGCUUCUACAUGCUCUGUGCCUUCCUGAUCAUCAACCUGUUUGUGGCUGUGAUCAUGGAUAACUUUGACUACCUGACCAGAGACUGGUCUAUUCUAGGACCACACCACCUGGAUGAGUUCAAAAGGAUCUGGGCUGAGUACGACCCAGAGGCCAAGGGUCGUAUCAAGCACCUAGAUGUGGUAACUCUGUUGAGGAGGAUUCAGCCUCCUCUGGGCUUCGGGAAGCUCUGUCCCCACCGGGUGGCCUGCAAGCGUCUGGUCUCCAUGAACAUGCCCCUGAACAGCGAUGGCACAGUCAUGUUCAAUGCCACCCUGUUUGCCCUGGUGCGAACAGCACUGAGGAUCAAGACUGAUGGUAACUUGGAGCAGGCGAACGAGGAGCUUCGGGCGAUAGUGAAGAAGAUCUGGAAGAGAACCAGUAUGAAGCUGCUGGAUCAGGUCGUGCCCCCUGCUGGAGAUGAUGAGGUGACGGUUGGGAAGUUCUACGCCACUUUCCUGAUCCAGGAGUACUUCAGGAAGUUUAAGAAGCGUAAAGAGCAGGGCCUGGUGGCCAAGGUACCCCCCAAGACGGCUCUCUCCCUGCAGGCGGGCCUGCGGACGCUCCAUGACAUGGGUCCUGAGAUCCGGAGGGCCAUAUCAGGUGACCUCACAGUGGAGGAGGACCUGGACAAGUCGAUGAAGGAGCCGGUCUCUGCUGCGUCCGAGGACGAUAUCUUCAGGCGAGCGGGUGGGUUGUUCGGCAACCACGUCAGCUACUACAACGACGGGCGCGACAGCGGGCGCAACACCUUCCCACAAUCCUUCACCACGCAGCGCCCGCUCCACAUCAGCCAGACGGGCAGCCCCGGCGAGGGCGAGUCCCCGUCCCGAAAGUUGAUGGACUCUACCACCUUCACCCCGAGCUCCUACUCUUCCUCGGGCUCCAACGCUAACAUCAACAAUGCCAACAACACGGCGGUCCCCGGUGUGGUAGUGGGGGUUGGGGGUCCAGGGGGGGUCAGCCGUUUCCCUAGCCCCAGCAUCAGUACUGUGGACGGGCAGAGCGGUCCCCCACUAACCCCGAUACUACUGCCAAGGUCUGCAUGGUGCUUCCCUCCCAAGAGCUCGGACUCCACUGACAGCCGUCUGCCGUUCAUCAGGCGAGAGGAGGCGUCGACGGACGAGACGUACGAUGAGAGUUACGCGGACGAGAGAGAAUACCACCGAAGCGACCAGAACAUUCUCACCUCAGACAUGCUGGUGUAUCAGGAUGAGGAGAACAAGCAGCUGACUCCUAUGGAGGAAGGAGAGGGUGGGGAGGACAGGAGACCCUGGCACUCUCCCAGACGAGCCUUCCUCUGUCCCACAGCUCUGGGUCGGCGGUCGUCCUUCCAUCUGGAGUGUCUGAGGAGACAGACGAGAGCAGACGUCUCCCAGAAGACAGCACUACCGCUGCACCUGGUACACCAUCAGGCACUAGCAGUAGCAGGUUUGAGCCCCCUGCUUCGACGGAGCCACUCCCCGACCCUCUUCACGCAGCUCUGCUCUACGUCUCCUACCAGUCCCACAGGCCAGGGUAGCCAGGCCUCCUACCAGCGUGUGCCCACCCUCCGCCUCCAGGGCACGGGCCCUGGCACCGGCUCCUACGAGCUCAACUCCAGCCUGCCCUCGGUCAACUGUGGGCCGUGGUACAGCGACAGCAACGGGAACAGUCCCGCUAUCAGCCCUGGGGUGGGUACGGCUAGCCAGCGGCCGCCGCGGCCGGUCUCCCUCACUGUGCCUAGCACGGUGCACAAGGACGCCACACCGUUGUCCCACGGUAGCGCCGGCAGCCUAGUGGAAGCGGUGUUGAUAUCAGAGGGCCUGGGCCAUUUCGCUCAGGACCCGUCCUUCAUCGAGGUGACCAAGCAGGAGCUGGCGGACGCGUGCGACAUGACCAUCGAGGAGAUGGAGAACGCAGCCGACAACAUCCUCAACGGCAACAGCCAGCCCAGUCCCAACGGCAACCUUUUACCCUACAUGCACUGCAACAGGGACCAUGCUGCUUCCCAGGAGCCAGGCCUCAGCGAUGGGCCUGGGGCCGUUCGGGGGGCCACGGCCCCUGGGGAGAUUGAGGAGCUACUAGGGGCCACUCACCUAGGGCAGCAUGGGGAUCCGGAGGAUGAGGAGGGGUUGGAGGUGGUGGGAGGGGAGGAAGAGCACACCGGGGGUGUGGAGGUGGUGGUGGAGGUGGGGCAGAGGAACAGCGGCCUGUUGGAGGAUGAGGACAUGGAGUGUGUAACCAGUUUGUAGGGUUGGACCCUCACACACACAGCAGCAACAGUGGACCUCGGUCUGGACCCCCCUCUAUCUCUCUCUCUCUCUGUCUGCUGGAUGAGACCUGACGUUGGCGGUCCACGGCACGGACGAUUACUUCUAAACAUAUUUAUUUAGUUUUAUGGAAGCCAUUUUAUUUGAUUGAUUUGUGUUUUCGUGUGUGUGUGUGUGUGUGUGUGUGUGUGUGUAUGUGUGUGUGUGUGUGUGUGUGUGUGUGUGUGUGUGUGUGUGUGUGUGUGUGUGUGUGUGUGUGUGUGUGUGUGUGUGUGUGUGUGUGUGUGUGUGUGUGUGUGUGUGUGUGUGUGUGUGUGUGUGUGUUUCAAAAGUGCCUCACAGAGUAGGGAAGCCUAAAUGAAAAGGAGAGCAGUCAGGAGAAUAGAGGAGGAAGAACUGUAUGUUUGUAUUCCAUGUGUUGUUUCUGUCUUCCCUUCGUUCUUCAAGUGCGUCGUUUUCAACGCUGUGGCCACCAGGCAGAUGCAUUCUGGGAUAAUAAAUAACGGAGUUAGAGGUUAGAGUCAGAGGUUAGAGGUCGUGCUGUUGAGGUUCAAAGGUCUUCUUCCUAUCCCUCCUCGCGCUGCAUUGCCCUUCAGAGCUGGGCCACCUACUGUAAGACUGCUGCAUUCUGCUGGCUACCAAACACAGGGAACCUUUGGAAGAGGGAACUGCCAGCAAGGGGGACGUGUUUAAGGGACGGACCCUCACCCAGGAUUUCUAUAUUAACAUUAAACAUAGACACUGGACUGUACGGAGGAGCCAACGACAGGGAGCGACACAGAGAGACACCAACAUCCAGGAUCUGAAGGAGGAGCCAACGACAGGGAGCGACACAGAGAGACACCAACAUCCAGGAUCUGAAGGAGGAGCCAACGACAGGGAGCGACACAGAGAGACACCAACAUCCAGGAUCUGAAGGAGGAGCCAACGACAGGGAGCGACACAGAGAGACACCAACAUCCAGGAUCUGAAGGAGGAGCCAACGACAGGGAGCGACACAGAGAGACACCAACAUCCAGGAUCUGAAGGAGGAGCCAACGACAGGGAGCGACACAGAGAGA